AUGGGCGCCUCUUUGGCCUCUUGCGAGCGAUGUGUUGGACCGGGAGAGCGCUUGGCAUCCGGAGCGGCAUCAGAUGCGUACAAAGCGGAGAGCUCCUCCAUGCUCCCAAAUGGGCCACCAACGCGGCUGACAGACGCGGCGGUCGCCCGUUCAGACGAUGAUGUGGUCUCCCUCUCUCCGCAGGAGAUUCUCGCCAACGUUUUCAAGAGGCUGCAGCGGGCCCACGAGGAACAUCUUGUGCAAAGCCACAAGCUCCUGCAAGAACUUGAGGUGGGACUGGAGGUGCCAAAAUCUGAAGUAAAAGCCUGCAUGCGAAAGAUCGCAGCAGAAAGGAACAGUCUCGAAGAGGAGACGAGAGCGCACUCGGACUGGUGCGGCACAAUGCUUGAGACACUCAACGCCUUGCGGGACGAGCCAGCAGUGCUUCAACCGGAAGAGGCUACCGAUGAUGUUGUGGCACAGAAGGAGCCUUCACUACAACAGGAUGUGGCGAUAGCUGUGAGCAACCAGUACUUCGAGAGCACAGACACUGCAGGACGUCUCGCUAGUGAUCCGAAGAUCAGGGCAUCUCGUGCGUUUGGGCGUCGCGUCAUGAGGAUGCUUGCUGUUAGAUGGACGCUUUACAUCUGUCUCACGAUAGCCUUGUUUGGACCUGGCGUCGUGACAUUGAUGAACCUCCCAGACGAUCCAACGGUGCUCAUCCUGGAUGUGAUCAUGUGCCUCAUCGCUCUCGCUUUUGCAAUGGAGAUGGUUGGCCUGCUGCUCUCGGACGAGAUGUACAGAUUCUCGUUCUUCUUUUGGAUGGACCUCUUGGGAACCCUUUCGAUGGCAUUUGAGAUUUCCUUCCUACUUGGCCAGUACUUGAAUUCGAACACCGUUGUCCUCAGAACCGCUAGAACAGCCAAGCUGGGGGCAAGAAUUGGAAGGCUGAUCAAGCUCGUGAAAUGCGUUAGUAUGUUCUACAGAUCAGCAGCGAAAACGAGUCGGGUGGAAGCCAAAGUUCUGGCCAGAAGGCUUGUUGUGCUCCUGUCUACCCGGGUCUCUGUGAUUGUCAUUGUUAUGGUGAUGGUCGUGCCUCUUUCGGCAUACCCCCUGUACCCCACGGAAGACAUGUCCCUGACGCUGUGGCCGCAAAAGUUGGAGGACAGCUACUUCAGGGAGCUGCAAGACGGGCUAGCUGGAGCUUUGCAAGAAGCCAUUGAUCAAAUGGUCCAGUUUUAUGAGCCAGUCAAUUACAGCCCCUUCCUUGUCAGAGGCUUUGGGGACGAACGAACCCUUGCAGCGAAUCCUGUGCGGACGAGGAACUCGUUGAAAGUCUUGCUCGAAAGCUGCAGAGUUCAACGCCCCGACGGUUGUGAUGUGGCUGUUAUCUUCGAUUUCACUGGCCCGAACCAAAUGGAUGCGCUGGUGGAAGUUGGCACGAUUCUUUUCAUUGUGCUGCUGAUGGCAGUCACGAGCUUCGACUUGCAGAACGUCGUGGACAAGAACCUAGUCAAGCCUUUGGAGGGCAUGUUGCACCAUGUACGUGAAAACGCCGCGCACAUUUUCGAUCGUUUCGCCAAGCAGACGGAAGGCACAGAGGGUGCUGAGUUGGAUGACGAGGAGCUCCAAGACCAACAGGGAGCGUCUGAGAUUGAGCUGAUCCAGGCCAUCCUCGAAAAGCUCGCACGCCUGGCCAGUCUUGCCGAGAGCUCCAAUAAGGCUUACACCCCAGCAGAGCUCGAUGCCAUGAAUGCAGAAAACAAAGCCGUACUGAUCGAUAUGCUAAAUGUGCAAGUCCUCCAGUCCAGUGCCCAGAGCAAGCUGGGUGGUAAGAGGACCACCAAAGCCGACAUCCACGCAACUUGGACACAGAACUGGAACCUUGAUUUCCUGGAGUCCACUUUGGAGGAAAUCCACGGCUAUGUGCACUACAUGUUCUUCCUGUCGCAGUUCGGCCUCGCCGCUCAAUACACGGCAGAAGAUCGCUUCCUCCUCUUCGUCCAAACAGUGGAGGCCAACUACAAGGACGUGCCAUAUCAUUGCUUUCAGCAUGCGGUGGAUGUCUGCUUUACUGUUUUCCGUCUGCAGCAAAUCACGCAAGCUGGAAAGUGGACAAGCGAACUGGAGCAGUAUGCUCUGCUCGUGGCUGCUCUCAGCCACGACCUCGGCCAUUUCGGCAGAACGAAUCAGUUUCUGGUUGAGACGAAGCACGAGCUGGCACUGCGCUACAAUGACAAGUCCCCUUUGGAAAACAUGCACUGUGCUGCCCUGUUUCAGCUGUGCAGAGACCCGGACAAGGACGUGUUCGUGCAAGCCUCCAAAGACGAGCAGAAGGAGGUGCGAAAAGUCUGUAUUGCAACCAUCCUGCACACGGACAACGUGCACCAUUUCGACAUGGUGAAGGACAUAAGUGCCGUUUACGAGAUGGAGUCCGAGACUUGCGACACCCAGUCCGGUCACCCCGAGGCUUUCACGCAAGCCUACACCGAGAAUGUCUUGAGUGGCAAGAACAAGCUCAUGUGGCUGCAGCUUUUCUUGCACUUCGCCGAUGUCUCCAAUCCUUUGAAGCCUUUCCACAUUUGCCGUGCUUGGGCUUGGCGCGUCCUGGACGAGUUCUUCGAGCAGGGCGACGAGGAAAGCAAGCUGGGAAUCCCAAUUGGGAUGUUAAACGACAGGGAGAAGGUGAACCGACCUGGUUCACAGCAUGGUUUCAUCAACUUUCUUGUGGCUCCUUUCGUCGCAGCGAGCGUGAGAGUUUUUCCUGGCCUCCAUCCUCUGCACACACAAAUGGUGAAGAACGUGGAGGAGUGGCGGAACCUCUGGAUAAAGGAUGCCAAGCCGGGCGAGGAAGAUAUCGCCAAGAAGGAUGCAGAUGUGAGUCGUUUGAAGGCACUCGAUGCCGAGUUAACGUCGCGAAACAGAGCACCUGGCGCUCCAAAGAUGACGCCUCGUGUCACGUAA